AAUAAUAUUAAAUAACGCAUGAUAUUAAAAAGUUAAUUUUUAUACCGAUUACUGAUACUGUGUACAUAUGACUCUACAAUAUAAAAUAUUGUGACAAACCACGCCACUCAUUACAGAUGCAAAUCAUUGCACAGUAAUGAAUGUGAUUAUAGAAAUCAGUGAGUGGAGAAGUAGAGAUAUCAGUGGUACCUUAUAUUUUGUGAAAGAUACAGCAGUUUAAUGAAUAACAAUUUAAACAAUGGAUUAUGAUUAUACACCUUUUCAUAGAGAAACAGAUAUUCAUAAUAAAUGUUGUGGUGGAAAAUUAUGGUGUAUUAAAGAUAUAUGUGGAAUUAUAUGUGCAGUAUUAACAUGGUUGCUGAUAAUCUAUGCCGAAUUUGUAGUGAUGGCAGUCAUUCUUAUUCCUACAAUAAACACAAUAUAUUCCAGCUUGAAUAUGGCUAUUUUUCAAUUUCUAGCAUUCCUAGCUUUUGCAUCGCAUCUAAGAACUAUGUUUACGGAUCCGGGUGCAGUACCAAAAGGUAAUGCGACAAAAGAAAUGAUACAACAAAUGGGAUUUAGAGAAGGGCAAGUUAUUUUUAAGUGCCCAAAAUGUUGUUCUAUUAAACCAGACAGAGCACAUCAUUGUUCUGUUUGCCAAAGAUGUAUUAGGAAAAUGGAUCAUCAUUGCCCAUGGGUUAAUAAUUGUGUGGGUGAAAAUAAUCAAAAAUAUUUUGUACUUUUUACUUUUUAUAUAGCAGGCAUAUCGCUACAAUCUCUAUUUCUCUGCAUACAACAAUUUACUACAUGUGUUAGACAAGAAUGGAGAGAAUGUUCUACAUUCAAUCCACCAGCGACAGUGGUGCUGUUAUUGUUCUUAUCAUUUGAAGCACUUUUAUUUGCCAUUUUUACUGCUGUGAUGUUAGGCACACAACUGCAAGCUAUUUGGAAUGAUGAAACUGGUAUAGAACAACUUAAAAAAGAAGAAGCUAGAUGGGUUCGUAAUAGCAGAUGGAAAUCAAUUCAAGCAGUUUUUGGCAGAUUUUCAAUAGCUUGGUUUUCGCCGUUUACUUCACCUCCUAAUGCAAAAACGAAACAAGAAUCUUAUCUAUAUUCUGUCUAAAGUACAUUUAAAUAUGCGAGUAUGACUCAGUGAUCUAUGUAAAUAUAGUAAUUAAUGGUGAUACUAUGUGUGUGUAUAUAUA